AUGGCUGGUGGUGUCAGUGAGACGCAACAUCAUGAGCCUUCGGAUGGAAUACAUAUUGUGGUUAAAGGCAUCACGGGUGAUAUUCUUCUGGAAUGUCAAGUGCAAGAUCAUGCAACCAUGCGCGAUUUAGAAGCGAGGGUAAAGCAAGCAAGGCCAGAGUGGAAGUUUCAAUAUGUCGCACUCAUCGAGGGCGAUUGCGUCCUGAAGAGAUCGCACCAGGUUUGGAAGUCGGCGGACUCAGGGAAGCUCGAGCUGAUAGCAACUGCCUCCCCUUACUGCUGUCGCACGGUCUUUGCCACCCUCCACGAUUGCUUCGAGGUGGCCAUAGAUGAGCCAAUGAGUGAAAACGAGUAUGAAGAUGUCAUAGUUGCAGAGCUACCUGUGGAUGAGCUUGCCGGUACACACCUAUAUAUGCUGUUCCGGAAGGAGUUCGGGAAGGCUUUUGCGGACGGUCCAAAUAUGAUGUUUUUGUACCAUCUCACUAUGAAGAGCCUCGCAGAACGCAUCACCAGCAGACUCAAGCAGCUGCAAGACAGUGAGCCAGGGGGCGAAGCCUAA